UUAUUUAUCUCGCGACAGCUCGUCUCAUCCAAAAUGGCUGCGUAGACCCUUAAUAGAAACAUAAUAUUUGUUCUUUAAAAGGUAAUAAGAUUUAUAUUUUAAAAAUGUUUUAAACUGUCUUGACUUGAGAGAAUACGAACGUAAUUCCACGUACGACAGUAUCCCCUGGUGAAGCUGUCAGACCUCCUGGCCGCAGUUGAAGCCCAGUCCGCAAGUGGGGUUUCUUUACCAGGAGCCCCUGGCCUCUGCAGGCACCGACAUGUCCGUGUUACCAAAGGAGGAGCAGGGAGCGCUGGUCUCCUGCAACGCCAUGGAAGGAAAAGGGAUGCAUUGCUCUUUUUCCGGCUGCAAGCAAGUCUUUUGGGACAUGCAAGAGCUAAUGAGUCACACGGGAAGCCACUACAUCGCAACGCAGUCCUUGCAGGGUAAACUGUUCCAUUGCUCCACUCUGAGGUGCACAAGGACCUUUCCCAGCAUGCAACAGCUCAUGGAUCAUAUGCGUCAACAUUACAAACCCAAUCGCUACUUCAUAUGUGAAAACUGCAAGGUGCAUUUGCGCACGCACCGGGCCCUCUUCAAGCAUCUCCACGUCUGCGCCAAGGUUGUCAAAAACAAAGGAGCUCACAAGCUGGAGAAGCCUAAACCAGCCACUCCGCCAGCCACGGAGCUCUCCAAACCGCAGGUCAAACGAGCCGCCCCAGAGCUGCCCAAACUGCAGAGCGUCAUCCGGCAUCUUGAGAAGCUGGUGCCCUCGAGCCAGGCUUCGGCUCCCUCCCAGCCCUUGCCCUCCCAAGCUGCCCCCUCCCUCCCCAGCAGCCUGCCCAGCGUCCACAGCUCUCUCAGCUCUGCACCCCUGGUCUCUCCCGGCCCGCACCCCUUCCAGCUGCUCGAACCCUCCCAGUUCGGAUCCUCACCCCUGCGCUUUGCUGGCCAGUCGCACGGCGCUUCCAUGCCUGGUCAUUUCCUGCCCUACGUGCAUCCCACUUCCUACUCCAUGCCCCAGUCUGCCGUACAGCAACGUCUCGGGCCGUACGUCCCCAACCAAGCCGGGCUUCCUGCCUCCAACGCUGUGUGGAAGAAAAACCAAGGCCAGUCCUUCAACAGUCGCAUUGUGUGGGAGCACACUAGAGGGCGCUAUAACUGCCUGCAGUGCUCGCACUCCACCCCAUCCCGCGAGGAGAUGACACUGCACAUCGAGGAGCAGCACAAGAGUCCUGUCAGCCGGAUGCAGGGAGACAUGGAUUUUGAUGUCGGACUCCCGUCCUUUCACUCGAAAUUGACUUCAGAAAUGGAGAGCUCCCUCUUUUCACAUCUCUGAUGGGUUUUUUACUGGGUGGGUGGGUUUGUGGGGUUUGAUGUAAAAAUGGGGAGAUUUACAGAGGAUAAUCUGGUCUGUCAGCUCCAUUCCUCUGGUACCUUUUAAUUCCAAUUUUUUUUUUUUUUUUUUUUUUUUUUAUACAACCAUAAACUUUUUUUUUUUUUUUUAAAUCGUAUGUUCUGCAUUGAUUUCAAGAAGUGCCAUCUUGACAGCACUCGGAUGUAUGACAUUAAUCAAUCUAUUUUUCCCGUACUAUACCAGACCUGUUCAGUUCAAAACGGUGUGCCUGCAGUGUUAAGAACCCGGGCUAUAGCGUUGAGGUGCCAGGGUUGCAUUUCCUUUUUUUCUUUUUUAUUUAGUCAUCGGCAAUGGUUUUUACCCCGUUUUUCUCCCCAAUUUGGAAUGCCCAAUUAUGAUUUUUAUCCCGGUUCACCGCUGCAACUCCCGCGCCGACUCGGGAAACGGCGGCAGACACGUGUCCUCCCAAACGUGUUCUGCCAAGCCGUCUUUCUGUUUUCACGCUGCAGGUUUUCUGCGAAGCCACCAGACCCAUAGUGCUGAAGGACAACACAGAUCUGAGUGGCUUCUACAACAGACCUGCAGGCGCCCUAUCGGCCACAGGGGUCUGGUGCGCAGCGAACCGAGGAUUACCCUGCCGACCUGAGCCCUCCCCACCCGGGCGGCACUCGAACCAGCGAUCUCCAGGCUAUAGGGCGCAUCCUGCACUCCACACGGAGCGCCUUUACUGGAUGCGCCACUCGGGAGCCCCUAGGGUUACAUUUAACCUCCCCCAUGGGCAACAUACAAGAUCUGACCAUUUUCCACUAACUUCACAGUUUAAAAGAAAAAAUGUGCUUUGAUCUGCAGCUAUAAAUCACUCCCCCAGAAACAAGCAAGUCACCAUUUUGGUUCCUUGAUAAUUCUGGAGAAGGGAAUCAGAAAUCUGAAAUUAUAUACUAUGUAUACUCUUUCACUUCUUCAGUGAAGCAGUAAUAAUUCAUCUGGCACCGCGCCAGUCUGUUCUCUCGCCGCAUGUGUGGCAUUGAACCACUGAACUGAAUGUGCUAAACUCAAUCCAGACGUCCUGAAACACGUCCUCACUCAUUGGCGUUAGCAGAUCAACGUUUACCAAAACAUUCCUACACUGAAUGGACUUCAUGUGAGUUCUGUUUGUCCUGUGUAGUGCACACUGUAUGCAGUAUAGUCCUAUACUGAAAUGUAAGAAUUCCGUUUUGAGCCGUUCUAAAUCUGUGGAGAAACAGCCUGUAUCUUCAAAGGGAAUCGCAAGGGGGGAAAUAUAUGACAGCGCUGUUAUAAUAUCUGGAACAAGGUUAGGUUACUUUCACACUAAGAAUGUGAUAAAAGCAGUAACAUGUUGUGGCUGUGUAACCCCCUUUUUUUUUUUUUUAAGAACAGUUCAAGUGAAAAUAAGAAUGAGUUCAAACAAAAAAAAUGAACUGCACAGUAUGUGUUUUACUGUAUAAUUGGAGCGUGCAUUUCCUUGUUUCAUUUCUGAAGUGUUUUGAUCUAGAUUCUCCGAAGCUGUUCAGAUCUCUCUGUGCUUGCAGUGCUGCAGUUUGUGGUUCACGUCCCUGUAGAGUCUCAUGACAGCGUGCUUGCACAAUGUAAAGUGCUGGUGUUGCCUGUUGCGUUGCAAGGCAAGAGAAAUAAAUUCAGCAAGAGAACUUCAAACGGAAACCAAAAAAAGUCAGCUGCCAAUCUCGGCCAAACUUCUAAUCCAGUCAAGUUUUAGGAAGGCUGUCUCGAGCCGUGCAGCCAAAGAGCUUGCAGAAGAUCCAGUCCUGGGUCUCGCACUUCAGUCAUGUACAUACCCGGUAUUCAGAACCCCUUUUGCAUUCUUUCUGUGAUGUAGGCUUGUGUGGGAUGUCCGAGGGAGAGGAGGGGAGGAGCUGGCUACAGGGAGGUCACUUCAAAUGUAUACAGAAUAUUGUGUCCUUUUUAUAAGAAAUGUGCUGGUUACGUUUGACACCUCUGUUUUUACUGUUCUUGAUGGAUAUUUAAAUGUUAUGUUGUAAUGGAUCAAUUUUCUACCAAAUCCAGGCAACAACUACCAACAGUAAGCAACAAACAAGUUUAUAACAGAUUCACAGUGUUCUGUAUCACUAUAAGCGCCCCAAGUUAAUUUACUGGAACUUGCUUCAUAACUUGGAGUACUUUCUCUUCUGUUCUGUGUAUCAACAAGCUAUAUCUUUAUAAUAAACAGUUUCUUGAUGAUUGUUGACUAAAAGAAAA